AUGGGAGGAUCACCUGUUACUUCAUUGACGCAGCCUUCAUCGGCAAAGAAGAAACCGGAGAUGAGCUUAAAAGUUCGAGUGUCUAAUCAAGAAAGGAAAAUCUCCCACAUAGAAAAGGACACAUCACUCGAAGAGGAACCCGCACAAAGGGAAUACGAAGUUGUUCAAUUACGGACUCCCGUAAUAGGAGAAGCUACUCACUAUGACCCUGAUCUCAAGACAGAACCAGCAUCUGAAGAAAUGAUCUCAGCAGAGAUUUUAGAUGACACUGGUCGAAUAGGACCUAUGUUUGAGGUGCGCGAUACAAUGAUCUUCCGUCCACCUCCACCACUGCCGGAAAAGAACAUCCUCCAUGCUCACUUUGAUACCGCUUUAUUAGAGAAGGAAACUAUGAUCAAAGUGCCUGUACAUAACAGAUGGGACCCAAAGGGCAAAACCGACAACAGCGAAAUCAAAGAGCCAGAGGAUGAUUUGUACUGGGAGGAGCUACGAGCAAAGCUCAAAAAUAUUUCGAAAUUGGAACAGCAGGGUGGAGAUAGACAUCGCGAUUAUGGAAGCAGCUUCAUACUCCCCGUAUUGUCGAGCACCCAGUACGACAAUAAUACCGUUCCGACAGCUUUUUCAGAUAUUCCUGUCACGGUCGCUGUACAGCUAAACAUACUCUACCUCGCGAAUUUCGACAGUCAGCUUAUGGAAUAUUCAAUUGAUGUCGAAAUGGCCCUCAGCUGGUUUGAUCUCAGGCUUGCAAAUAAUUAUACAAAGCCUAUAAGGAUUCGUGAAAAACAGAUCUUGGACCUGAUCUGGAAGCCCGACCCAUAUUUUGUGAACUCAAAGUUCUCGCAUUUCCAUGAAGUAUCAUUUCCUAAUUUUCGUAUGAGAGUUUUUCCAGAUGGCCUUGUGAAGUAUACUAUGAGGAUAACCUCGGUAUGCAACUGCUUCAUGCUAUUCUGUCUCUAUCCACACGACCGCCAAAAAUGCGACCUUCAAAUUAGUUCCAUUGCCUAUCCAUCGUCAUUCCUUCGAUUUGUCUGGCAUUCGGAUCCGAUAAUGUUUCAGUCAGAGAUCGCACUUCCAGAGCUCCAUGUUCAACGUCUUAAGACUGAACAUUGUCGUGUGGAAGGAAAACUUAUUGAUUCAUCCUGCAUUCGCCUCGUUUUUGAACUCGAACGUGAUGGUGGACGAUUUGUUGUCGAAAAAUAUAUCCCAAGCACAUUAGCUAUGAUGUUUGCCUGGGUGGCACCUUAUGUACCGUACAACUACGAGGAUGUUCGCAUUAUUACGCCGAUUACGGUGCUUCUGACGUUGGUGCAAAUGGAGAAGGGUGAUAAGGAGAUCAGAACAUCGUAUCUGACAUCCAUGGACAUUUGGUUCGCUGCUAUGAAGGCAUUCACGGCUCUUUCAUUGGUCGAGAGCCUUAUUGUACUGGCGCUUAUAAAAAGGAGCAGAGCCAUGGUAAGCGAUUUUUGGUCUUACUGA